GCUGAGGAGAGGAGCGUCAACAGCAGCACCAUGGUAGCUCAACAGAAGAACCUUGAAGGCUAUGUGGGAUUUGCAAAUCUCCCAAAUCAAGUAUAUAGAAAAUCAGUGAAGGGAGGGUUUGAAUUCACACUUAUGGUUGUGGGUGAAUCUGGACUCGGGAAGUCAACAUUAAUCAACUCAUUAUUCCUCACAGAUUUGUAUUCUCCAGAGUAUCCAGGUCCAUCCCAUAGAAUAAAAAAGACUGUACAGGUGGAACAAUCCAAAGUUUUAAUCAAAGAAGGUGGUGUUCAGUUGCUGCUCACAAUAGUUGAUACCCCAGGAUUUGGAGAUGCGGUGGAUAAUAGUAAUUGCUGGCAGCCUGUUAUUGACUACAUUGAUAAAUUUGAGGACUACCUAAAUGCAGAAUCUUGAGUGAACAGACGUCAGAUCCCUGAUAACAGGGUGCAGUGUUGUUUAUACUUCAUUGCUCCUUCAGGACAUGGACUUAAACCAUUGGAUAUUGAGUUUAUGAAGCGUUUGCAUGAAAAAGUGAAUAUCAUUCCACUUAUUGCCAAAGCAGACACACUCACUCCAGAGGAGUGCCAACAGUUUAAAAAACAGAUAAUGAAAGAAAUCCAAGAACAUAAAAUUAAAAUAUAUGAAUUUCCAGAGACAGAUGAUGAAGAAGAAAAUAAGCUUGUUAAAAAGAUAAAGGACUGUUUACCUCUUGCUGUGGUAGGUAGUAAUACUAUCAUUGAAGUUAAUGGCAAAAGGGUCAGAGGAAGGCAGUAUCCUUGGGGUGUUGCUGAAGUUGAAAAUGGUGAACAUUGUGAUUUUACAAUUCUAAGAAAUAUGUUGAUAAGGACACACAUGCAGGACUUGAAAGAUGUUACUAAUAAUGUACACUAUGAGAACUACCAAAGCAGAAAACUGGCAGCUGUGACUUAUAAUGGAGUUGAUAAUAACAAGAAUAAAGGGCAGCUUACCAAGAGCCCUCUUGCACAAAUGGAAGAAGAAAGAAGGGAGCAUGUAGCUAAGAUGAAGAAGAUGGAGAUGGAGAUGGAGCAGGUGUUUGAGAUGAAGGUCAAAGAAAAAGUUCAAAAACUGAAGGAUUCAGAAGCUGAGCUCCAAAGGUGCCAUGAGCAAAUGAAAAAGAAUUUGGAAGCACAACACAAAGAAUUAGAGGAAAAACGUCGUCAGUUUGAAGAUGAGAAAGCAAACUGGGAAGCCCAACAACGUAUUUUAGAACAACAGAACUCUUCCAGAACCUUGGAAAAGAACAAGAAGAAAGGGAAGAUCUUUUAAACCCUCUACUGACCACCAGUUACAUAUUAGUUGCCAAUAUGCCAGCUUGGACAUCAGUGUUUGUUGGAUCCGUUUGACCAAUUUGCACCAGUUUUAUCCUUAAUGAUGGAUUUAACAGCAUGACAAAAAUUAUUAUUUUUUUGUUCUUGAUGGAGAUUAAGAUGCCUUGAAUUGUCUAGGGUGUGUGUACUUAGAAACUAACAGCUCUAAGUACCUUUCCUACUUUUUUUUUAUUAAACAGAUGUCUUCAAUUUAAUGCAAGAAAACAUUUUACUGUUGUACAAUCAUGUUCUGGUGGUUUGAUUGUUUACAGGAUAUUCCAAAAUAAAAGGACUCUGGAAGGUUUUCAUUGAGGAUAAAUUGCCAUAAUAUGAUGCAAACUAUGC